AUGUCGGUCGUUGCCCGCGCCAUUCAACCAGACCGUAGUCGGUUGAAGUGGUCCAUCAGGACUCAUGGCGCGAUCGAACAUACACCCAAUGCCAAUGCCAGGACCCUCUUGCAAAAUCGCCACCAAAAUUACGCCGCCAUGCCCACCUGCCAGUCGAGUUUCUGUGCUUCGAAUUUCUGUGCUGGGAUCGGUCGAUCAGAUUGUAGUCGAUCUGGACUGAUCAUGGCACAAUCAAACGUGCACCCAAUGCAAGAAUUGCAAGACGCCUCUCGCAAAAUCGGCGCUGUGAUCGUUUGUGCAGCCAGUGCCAAUUUACGCGACAUGUGGGCCCCACUUGCGCCCACCGUCAACAUUGUCGCUGAGUAUUGCAUUGGCCCAGAUUUAGGACCUGUUUUCAACGCCAUCGUCUCAAAAUAUGUUGCCUUCGAGAAGCUCGCGGGAUUCUCGCCUGAGCGACGCAACGCCGGCUUUGGCAGCAAAAACAGACCUUCUCAGGUGACGUGGUGGGUGGGCUGUGGGCGCAAGGCAACCCCGAAAAUUACCGAUAUACCGGCAUUUGCAAAGCAAUGGUGGUUGUGGUGGAAAGGCUUGCAACCUGCAUGGCGCAACAUUGCAGCUUUCCAGGGGGGUUUGACUUCGGCGCACAGGGAAGUGGCCGACGGUGACGGUGGGUGGGUGGAUAUGGAGCGCCGUGGCCAGAACGCGUUCUACACAGUCCUCGCCACUCUACGAUGGUGGGGCACUGCUAUUGGGGACACAUGCACGGAGAACGAGGAAUGGCUCUCGGCGGGCGCCGAUGUCGAGUGGGUCCUCUCAAAUCUCCUUGAAAUAUGGAGUCUAGCCUGGUCAAAACGAGACCGGCAGGAUGGGCAGCCAAGUUCAACACGUCACGUGACUCGUUGA